GGGUGCCUCUGGGUAGCGAGGGUGUGGGUGUUGGCUUGCCUGCAGGGCUGGGGGCCUCACUGCGUGUGCGCGCCUGUGCGCGGCCGGGAGAGCCCGCGGCGCCUCGGCCGAUGGCUGUGUUCGGCGGCCGGCUGUGCGAGCGAGUGCGCGAUCGGAGCGGAGCGCACAGCCCGCCCUGGCGGCCGGCAGCCGCGAUUAUCUGAGCCGCUCUGUUGCGGGUGGCUGCUCCCGGAUCUCCCGGCUGCGGCGGACAAGGCGAGACUGACUGUGGGGCGGCGGAGGAGCCAGGGAGCCGGGGAGCCGGGGAGCCAAGACUCAGGCUCCAGCAGCAGAGAGCCGAGCAUGGAACAGCGUGCAAGUCGAGCAGUCCUGAAGUUGAGUUUGAGAGGCGACACGGCGGCGGCGGCCGCGUUGCUCCCGCUCCUCUGCCUCCCGAUGGAUAUGCACUGCAAAGCAGACCCCUUCUCCGCGAUGCACCCAGGGCACGGGGGUGUGAACCAGCUCGGGGGGGUAUUUGUGAACGGCCGGCCCCUACCCGACGUGGUGAGGCAGCGCAUCGUGGAGCUGGCCCACCAGGGUGUGCGGCCCUGUGACAUCUCCCGGCAGCUGCGGGUCAGCCAUGGCUGUGUCAGCAAAAUCCUGGGCAGGUACUACGAGACUGGCAGCAUCAAGCCCGGAGUGAUUGGUGGCUCCAAGCCCAAGGUGGCAACGCCCAAAGUGGUGGACAAGAUUGCUGAAUACAAGCGACAGAACCCGACUAUGUUCGCCUGGGAGAUCCGUGACAGGCUGCUAGCCGAGGGCAUCUGCGACAAUGACACAGUUCCCAGCGUCUCAUCCAUCAACAGGAUCAUCCGGACCAAAGUUCAGCAGCCUUUCCAUCCAACGCCAGAUGGGGCAGGGACGGGAGUGACUGCCCCUGGCCACACCAUCGUUCCCAGCACGGCCUCCCCUCCUGUUUCCAGCGCCUCUAACGACCCAGUGGGAUCCUACUCCAUCAACGGGAUCCUGGGGAUUCCUCGCUCCAACGGUGAGAAGAGGAAACGCGAGGAAGAUGUGUCCGAGGGCUCUGUCCCUAAUGGAGACUCCCAGAGUGGUGUGGACAGUUUGCGGAAGCACCUGCGGGCCGACACCUUCACCCAGCAGCAGCUGGAAGCUCUGGAUCGAGUCUUUGAGCGUCCUUCCUAUCCCGAUGUCUUCCAGGCAUCAGAGCACAUCAAAUCAGAACAGGGGAAUGAAUACUCUCUCCCAGCCCUGACCCCUGGGCUUGAUGAAGUCAAGUCCAGUCUAUCUGCAUCCGCCAACCCUGAGCUGGGCAGCAAUGUGUCAGGCACACAGACGUACCCCGUCGUGACCGGUCGUGAUAUGACGAGCACCACUCUACCUGGUUACCCCCCUCAUGUGCCCCCCACUGGCCAGGGAAGCUACCCUACCUCCACCCUGGCAGGAAUGGUGCCUGGGAGCGAGUUCUCAGGCAACCCAUACAGCCAUCCCCAGUACACCGCCUACAAUGAGGCUUGGAGAUUCAGCAACCCCGCCUUACUAAGUUCCCCUUAUUAUUAUAGUGCCGCCCCCCGGGGCUCCGCCCCUGCCGCUGCUGCCGCUGCCUAUGACCGCCACUAGUUACCGCGGGGACCACAUCAAGCUUCAGGCAGACAGCUUCGGCCUCCACAUCGUCCCCGUCUGACCGCCCACCCCAGAGGGAGGGAGGACCGAAGCCACACGCUGCCUCUCGGCCACCGUCCCUGUCCCACCCCCACCUCGAGACAUCCUCCCCCAAGGCCCACAGCCCUUCUCACCACCCUGUCGAUGGCCGGACAGGACAGGUGGAGCCGCGGGUGGGACCCUCAGGCCCCAGCCCCGCCCGUCGCCCCUCCCCGCCUGCCUGGACCAUGGCGCCGCCCGGAAGCCCGCCUGCCUCUGGCCUGCGCGCCGUUUCUGUGACACACAAUCAGCGUGGCCCACCCGGGGGCAGCCCACUUCGGACGCCCGGGAGUCAGGAGGCUUCGCUGGAGAAGCGGAGCAAGGGAAGCUAAGGAAAGGACUUUGUGCUGAAGGAGGAGCCGCCGGCGAGACCCUGGGGGGAAAAUCCUGCCCCCCCCCGUGCCUGCCAGGCUGACCCCGCCUUCUGUCUGCGCCCCGCCCCAGACGAUGGCACUGGGACGCAAGGGUCGGACUCGAGGGACAGCGUUUGGGGCGACAGCGUUUUCCAAGGCUGGUACCCAAGGCGAGCAGACGCCAACUGAGCUCAUCCACCUGAACUGCCUAGUUCCCUUGGGCCUAGGAUCAACUCCUGCAGUGACUCUCCUCUCGGCCCCGCCUUGCCCCUACGUCAGCGCCUCUUCCACCUGCGGGCCUCUCACUCUUCCCUCCUGUGCUUCCUCGGCUCAUCCCACGACACCUUGUGUUUGGUCCCAAGCACGCAGCCACGUCGGGGCCACCGCAGGAACCGUGUCCUCAGGCUGCGGCUGCGAGCAUUGAUCUUUCCCAUCAGUAAUGCGCUGCCCACCCCCACCCUCCCAUCCCAAACUCCCAACCUGCGGGCGCAAAGAGCCUGGAAGGAACUGACGACCGAGCCGCCCCAGAUAAAAACCCGGGGCUCUCCGCCCCAUUCCCCUCAAGCACCCCCUCCCCAGCCUUCCCUUGGGCAGGAGCUGAACAGAGACUCAAAAAAAAAAAAAAAAAAAAAAAGUCUACACUUAUUUAAUAUAAUGAUGGUCUUUGCAAAAAUGAACAAAACAAAAACCCAACAGGCUGCUUUAUAGAAAGACGGUGUGUGCUGUGGAGGCGAACCUCUCUCUGUACAUAGCCCCUCCCUCUCUGCCCCGCCCCGCCGGGUACCAUAGAGUCCCUGUCCUCCCCCGCCACCCUGCCUGUAGAUACACCCUUCUGUCCGUGCUGUGAGAGUCGCCGCUCGCUGGGGGGAGGGAGGGGGGACACAGCUACAUACCCACUAAAGCACAGCACGUCCUGGGGGAGGGGGGCAUUUUUUACGUUACAAAAAAAAUUAUGAAAGAAAUCUCUAUGCAAAAUGACGAACAUGGUCCCGUGGACACCUCUCGCCUGUUUUGUUGGCUGUUUCUCUGUAAUUCCGUGUUUUCGCGCUCAUCGCCCUGCAUCUCUCCCACUUCAUCUCCCUUUUCUCUGCUGCUCUCGACCCCUCUGUGUCUCUUUCUCUGCUUCACUUGUCUCUGUCUCGGUCCCUUCUGCCCCAGGCCUCCAAGGCUACAGCAAAGGUGGCAGAGCUCACCUCGGGGCUUGGCCCCUUGUGGCCAUGCCCCGUGUGCCCGACCAGGCCACCCUGCCCCAUCCCACCCUGUAGUUGCUCUCUCGGUAGCGGCGAUGCUCCCUGCAUGUCUCCUCAACCGUGGAUCGUGAUGACUCGAAAUAACAGAAACAAAGUAAAUAAAAGUGAAAAAAAAAAGUAAAUAAAUAAAUAAAUAAAUAAAUAAAUAAAAUUCCUUGAACAAAUCCGAAAAGGCUUGGAGUCCUAGCCCAGAGUGCGCUUUCCUUCGAGCCUUUUUAUUUGAAAAGAAAAGCGAGAAAAGCGAACAAUCUAAGGGAACUGCCGGCGCCCGACCGUGCUCCAGUGGCUGGAGCCGGAUGGCAAGGGCAACGAGGUCCCAGCUUCGAGGCCCAGCCUGACCCAGUCUUGUGCGGAGCUGGCCGCGCUCCAGGAGUGCGGAAUCCAGGAGAAGGCUUAGCCUUCCACAAGACCGGGCUCCUCCACCACUUUCAACGUGUCGGUUCGUUUUGAUUAUUUUUCCUUUCUUUCUCUCUUUCCUUCUUUCUUUCUUUUUUCUUUCUUUCUCUUUUCUUUCUUUUUUUGUGAACAUGAUAAAUAAUAAUAAAAAUAAUAAUAAAAUUUUGUAUGUCACUCC